AUGAAUGAGAUUGAACAUCUUACUGGAAUUUAUCAUGAAAAACAAGAAGGAGCUUUAUGUGCACAACACGCUUUAAACAAUUUGCUUCAAAAAGAAAUUUUUUCCGCUAUUUCACUAGCCGAUAUUGCAAAGCAAUUGGAUGAUGAUGAAAAUUUAUUUUUAUCCGGUGCUGAGUCACACCAUCAACAACCACACAUACGUGAAUCACAGAAUAUGGAUGAUACAGGAUUUUUUUCUAUUCAGGUUUUACAACGUGCUCUUGAAGUAUUUGACAUCGAGCUAAUAUCUUAUAACAGUUCAGAGGCAAUUGCUGAACAAGCUCGGCAAACGCCAACAAAUAUUACAGCUUAUAUAUGUAAUUUACGUGAACAUUGGCUAACAAUUCGACGUUUUGGCUUACAAUAUUUCGAUUUAAACUCGAUAUCAGCUGUACCGAAAUUAAUCUCGAAUACAUAUUUAUCGUUAUAUUUAGUGCAAUUACAACAUAGUGGAUAUAGCAUAUUUAUUGUUAAUGGAGUUUUACCACCCUGUGUAGCUGAUGAGCGUUUAUCAGAAGCGCCCGUGGAUCCAAAACUUUAUAACCAAUUAACUGAACGUUUAGCCAAUUCCAAAGCUCUUGUUCCAUCAAUGCCAUUUGAAGAAUCAACAACACAAACGUUCAAUGAUGAUGACGAUGAAGAUUUAAAACGUGCAUUAGAAGCUAGUGUCCAACAUGAUAAUGCUCAAGAUGAGGUGUUACAAAAAAUAUUACAACAAAGUUUAUUUGAUGCACAAAAAUUUGGUAAUACACCAAAUGACGAUUAUCUUAAUCAGCAAUUAUUGGAGCAAGCAAUAGCUGUUAGUUUAAACAAAGAUUCUUCUACAGCUUCAAAUACAGAAGAACAAAAACCGACCACCACUACUACCAUAGCAGUUCCUGCAGAACAACAACAACAACAACCAACUAUUGAAGAGUUACGUUUAAAAAGAUUACAGUUUUUUGAACAACCAAAGAAAGAAAAUACCACCGAGGAAAAAGAAGAAUCAAAUACCGAUAAGUGUUAA